AUGUUCAAAACGAUCCGUUUGAGGCCAUUGAGGUCUAUCCUCCCAUCAAUUGCAAUUGCAUCAACUCUUGCUUAUUCAUACCAUUUAUACACAAAGCAUACUACGCUUCCUUCACCAUUUGGAUUCCACAAUAAUGCCUUGUCCAAAAUCCACCUUGAUAGUGCUGCGUCUCCAGUACUUGGCUCUACCUCUGUUUCUGCAGCUAAUGCUACUACCGAGGUAAAAGUUGAUGACUCGAUCCUGCCAUUUCCCACUCACAUCUCUAAAUCGCCCUACGUUUCACAAUCGUACACAUUAUUGGGCCAUGGUGUUCGAGCUGUAACGUUUAUGAGUUUCAAAGUUUAUGGUGUUGGAAUUUAUAUUGCAGAUUCCGAUAUUGCCAAAGCCCGUUCUUUGCUUCAAUCAUACGCCAGGGCUAAUCCACCACCACCAUCAGCUCGUGCUGACGAGGGUGCUUCGUCAUCUUUAGUUAGGCAGAACUUGAAAGAAUCAUUGAUGAACCCCGUAGAGUCAGAACAAAUCAUUGAUGAAUUGUUGUCGCAUGGUGUGCAUUUCUUGAUUAGAUUGUCGCCUGUUAGAAAUACUGAUUUCAAUCAUUUGAAGGAUGGGUUGAUUAAAUCGAUUUUGGCGCAUCCAAGAAGCAAGAGUGGAGAAAACAAGGAGAGGGAAGAGUUGAGUUUGGGAUUGGAUGAGUUGAGGGAAAUAAUGGGCAAGACUAGAGGUUCAGUGCCAAAAGAUGAUUUGCUCGUGUUGGAGCAGGUAUCAAGUAGUGACAAGUUCAACAUUUCCUAUGUGAAACAAAAUAAGAAGACUAAAUCAAAGAAUGAUGAGGCUGGUGAGGAUGUAACUGAUGUGAAAGAGAUGGGAAGUGUGAGUAAACCCAUUGUUGCAAAAACUUUAUUAUUGCAGUAUCUUAGUGGUAAGAAACCUCUUAGUGAGUCUUUGAGAAAGAGUUGUAUGCAAGGACUUGCUGAUAUUGCUGAAUAA